CCCCCUCCUGCCUUUUGAUUGGCUGGCGGAGCCGGUGCUCUGCGGUCCUGGCAGCUGCGACUCAAAGGCGCCGCGGUUGCUCCGGCUGCCGAGGGCGGGGGACCCCGGCUCCCUCCCUGCCUGUGCCGGCCGGAUGCGCAGCAGCACCUGCCGCUCAGACACCGGCACCAGGAGGGGGAGACACGGGGGCCUCGUCCUCCCCUGGGGUGGCGGCGGUGGCAGCCCGGAGAGCAGGAGGCCGGGAACAAAGGCUCCGCGCCAGCCCCUGUGGCUCCACCUGCCGCCCGCGGCGAUGGCUUCCCUGAGCCUGGGGGGGCUGAACGUCUCGGCCCGUAGGAAGAGCGUCCAGUCCCGCAACGCGGCGGUGGAGAGGAGGAACCUGAUCACCGUCUGCAGGUUCUCUGUGAAGACUCUGAUUGAUCGUUCCUGUUUUGAGACUAUUGAUGAUUCUUCUCCUGAAUUUAAUAAUUUUGCAGCCAUUUUGGAACAGAUUUUAAGUCAUCGUCUGAAAGGUCAGAUCACCUGGUUUGGCUAUGAAAGCCCUCGUAGCUUCUGGGACUAUAUCCGAGUAGCUUGCCGUAAGGUUUCACACAAUUGCAUCUGCAGCAUUGAGAAUAUGGAGAAUGUCAGUUCUUCUAGAGCAAAGGGCAGAGCGUGGAUCAGAGUUGCACUUAUGGAAAAACAUUUGUCAGAAUAUAUUUCUGCAGCUCUAAGAGACUUCAAAACAACCAGGAGAUUUUAUGAAGAUGGAGCAAUUGUCCUGGGAGAGGAAGCAAAUAUGCUUGCUGGCAUGCUGUUGGGACUCAAUGCUAUUGACUUCAGUUUCUGCCUGAAGGGAGAGGGAUUGGAUGGCAACUUUCCAGCUGUAAUAGAUUACACACCCUAUCUGAAGUUCACCCAAAGUUCUGAUAGCAUCAGCAGUGAUGAAGAAGAGCUAAGGACUCUGGGAAGUAGCGGCAGUGAAAGCAGUACUCCAGAAAAUAUUGGACCUCCUUUCAUCAUGGAUGAAAACAGUUGGUACAACAAAUGCAAAAGGGUAGAACAGAAGUAUCGACUCACCUUGGAGCAGAAGGGUUAUCUUGAAGAGCUAGUACGCCUCAGAGAAACCCAGCUGGCUGAAUCUGUCUCACAAAACAAACUACUGCUACAGAGGAUUGAAGAUAUGGAUCUAGCCCAUAAAAUGGAGAAGGAACAGCUGGAGUAUAUAAUUGUAGAGCUGCAGGACCAGCUAACUGUGCUAAAGAAUAAUGAUUUGAGAUCAAGACAAGAGUUAACUACCCACCUCACCAAUCAGUGGCCUUCCCUGGGAGCUCUGGAUGUCAAUGCGGUUGCCUUGGAUACUCUACUCUAUAGAAAGCACAGUCAACAAUGGGAUGAGAAAAGUUUUCAAAGUCUGGACCAACUCUCUGCGGAAGUUAGUCUUUCUCAGACAUCUCUGGACCCAGGUAAUUCACAAGAUGGAGAUGGAAAGCAAGAUGGAUUAAAUUUACUAAGUGAAGUGUCUUCCACAAUUCUGGACAUCUGGGCUGCUCUUGUCUCACUGCUCAUGGAGGUGGAUCAGAAUUUUGGUGUCGCGUGGUCUGGCCACAUCCUCUCUGCUCCUUCUUGCUGCCAGAUGAGUUAUUCCCAAUCUGUUAAAUUUGCAUAACAUCAUGAACAAAUAUUCCAGAGAUAACGAAAUAGCUACAUUAGACCAAGAAAGAUGGUCGUACGGUAACAAUUCCACUUAAUAUCUGACUCUCAACUCAUGAGUUACCCAGGGUGGGUAGAACUGUAGGAGACACUGCUAGCAGAAAGGAAAUUAUCAGUAAGAAAUUUUACAUUCUGGAGUUCAGUGUCUCCCACAAUUCUGGACAUCUGGGAAGUAGCGAGCACUGAACAGGUAUAGGGAGGGUUAUGAAACAAAAGUUUGGUAGGAAAGAAGUCCUCCGUCCCCUUUUUGUGAGCUUGCUCAAAAGUUUCUUUUAUUUCUGGCAACUGCACACAGCACCUCCCUGCCAAAGGAAGCCUCUGCAGAAGACAGAAAUUCCACCUAAUAGUACUUAAUGAAGGUGUUAGCUGUAGACCAACUGGCUGUUUUGUAAAUUUCCAAAGUGAACACACUUGGUCAUUCCAGCCAGGAGGUUGGUAAGGAUCUUGUGAAGUGUGCUUGAUCCAUUCUGGGACAGAAGCCUCUGAUGAUUUUGUAGGCUUCCACAAUACAUAAUCUAAUCCACUGAGCAACAGAGGACUUGAAAUCUGAGUCCUUGGCAUUUUGGGUGGGAGGGCAUGAAUAAGGAGACCAAUCUUCUUGCAGAUUUUUGUAUGCUUGAGUUAGAUUUUCAACACUCCUCUGACCUCUAAGGUAUCUCACACCUUUUCAGUUGGAUGUUGUGCUUCCUUCAUUCUGUCCAAAAGUACAAGUUCUCUGGAAGUAUGAAAGGAGAAAUUUACCUUAAUAAGAAAGGAUUCUGGUGUUCUGAGUGCCACUUUUGCCUUGUGGAACACGCAGUAAGGCUCCUGUAUAGAUAAGGCUGCCAGCUCCGACACCUGGCUCGCAGAUGUGACAGCUACUAAGAAAAUGGAUAAAUUUUUAUUAAUUUUUUUUACUUAAUGGAUAAAUAAAAGGUCAACACUGAAGUCAGAGGCUCAGAGGAAUGGCUUGUCAAAGCCCUCAAAAAUAGUGAGAGACCCCAUUUGGAGAAGAGUGGCAUGUCAGUCUGGCUAACCAGACUGCUCUAAGCAAUCUGCUACCUGUGGAUUGUCUUCCAGGGAGCCUGAGAAGUAUUUUUGGUGUCUGCCUUGGUACAAUUCACAAGUUGGCUGCUUGGACUAAAGGAUCUGGAAGGCAGAUGGGCGUGCCUUUGCAGACAUUGUUGUGGGCUGACCACUAUUGUAAAGAGUUGCACACCUGUGCUGGAACCUAUACUUUAUCUUCCUUGCGUUCCGUAGUGUGAUCCCACACUGCUAAUAUAAAAGCUUGAAGACUUCUGGUGUAUGAUUGUGCCCAUGGAGAUCCAUAUGCCUGACACCACAAGUCCUAGCAGUUGGAGGCAUAGUGCUGUAAUAGGUCUCCUGUGGCUCUGGAGCAAGAAAAUAAAUUCCUGACCCAGAGAACUUUUCUUGGCAUUGAAGCUGAGUGCCUGGAGAAGAUUUCACAUUCAAGAUGUGACCUUCUGUGCUGUGAUGGAGCUUUGAUCAGAAUGUCAUCCAGGAAGGGGUAUAGGAUAGAGGAGUUUCCUGUGACCUGAGUCUGGCCAUUAUCACAAUCAACAUCUUUGUAAAAACCCUGGGGCCUGAGGAGAGGCCAAACAGGAGUGUUAGGUAUUUCCAACAUUUCCUGCUGUUUACAAACUACAGAAGUCUGUGAGGGCAGAGUCUGAUGGAAAUAUGUGUUGUCUGGGUCAACUGAAGUCAAGAAGUCCCUUCUGGGACAGGUAUGAUACUGUAGAGGCCAGGAUCUCCAUCCAAAACUUUUUCUUUAUCCACUUGUUGCUUUUGAGAUCAAGAAUGGCUCUGAUACUCACCAUUUGCUGCUGUAUAAUAAAGAAGAUGGAGUAGAACCUGGAGAACCUUUCUUCUGAGGGAACCCACUCGAUCGUUCCCAUAUUCAAAAGAUGAUAUUUUGUUCUGGAUCAGACUGUGCUUUACAGGGCCAUUGGAGCUGGGUGACUGGAUGAAGACUGGAUGGUUGGAGCCUGCAGCUCAAGGGGGUCUCUCUCGCUCACUAUAUCCCUGACCCAUUUGUCUAUGGUCAGUGAAAACCAUUCUUCUAAGAAAUGGGAAAUUCUGCCCCUGAGCUUCCGCUCUGGGUGGAACCUAUGCAAUCUUUGUCAUAAAGAGGAUUUGGGAGGGUUGGGGGCUGAAGUCCCGCUGGAAUUUCCCCCGGUACUUCGAUUCUAGUUUUUCCCUCAGUGAAUUUGUUGUCCCUUUGCUGGUAAAUGAUAAACCUGGUACCUCUGUGAGGAUGAGAAGCAAAAGGAGUGCUUCUGUCCGAAGGCUGGUCUAUUUUCUAUUCUGAGGACCCUUAGUGGGGAAAGGAGAGACUGUUUAGAUUUUGCCAUCUUGUCAGCCACUAUCUUAUCCAGUUUUUCUCCAAAAAUGAGGGAGCCUGUAAACUUGGCUGAGCAUAGGACCUGCUUAGAGUAAGUAUCCAUCUUCAAGGGUUGAAGCCAUAGGCGGUGCCUGGUUACUGAACUGGAAGCCAUGGCUUGGGCGGAAAACCUCAUUGUAUCCAUUGAGGUGUCAGCUACAAAGGCUGUUUCUGGGAAGACUCUUGAAAGUGGAGCCAAAGUCAGGGUCAUCUCAAAGCCCUAAGGGCAAAUGUUCCAGCCAGGAAAGAGAUGCUCCUGCAAAGCAGGAAGCUGCCAGGAACACUCGGAAGGUGGAGGAGGAAUCUGGAAGGAAGAAGUAGAAGAGGCAUGGUCAGACCAUGUGGCACCAAAAUGCUGAUCUGCCUCUGUGAGCUGUAGAGAGAGGAGAACUGUCUAGACAUCUAGAAUUGUGGGAGAUGCUUGGCACAGUAGCAUGUUUCCCUAAAAACUGGUGACUGCAUUUGUGCAUGUGUGCUAUGUUGUAUUGAGGAUGAACAUUCUAUAAAAGGAUACAUAUACUGACCUUCUCUCUUCCCUCAGUGUUAACCCUGCUCAGGUAAAUCUAGUAUUAAGAAUUUCACUGUAAUAGUGAUUAACGUAAUUCUGUUUUAGCAGGGAAAGAAGACACUCCAUCAUUGCUUGGUCUUUGUGGCUCUCUGACUUCUGUAGCAAGUUAUAAAUCUCUUACAAGUCUGAAAUCAAGUGAAUACCUUGCAAGUCCUACAGCAGAGAUGACAAGUCCAGGUCUAACUCCAUCUUGAGCAGAUAUACAUAACAAGGAAGAGCUUUUGUGUUGUAUGCAUUCAAACAUAAUUUGACUUGCUGUGAAGACUCUUAAAGGUUCAAGCAAGCUAAAGAAUAUGCUGCUUUAUUUUGUCCUUUUUUUUUGUAAUGAUCUAUUUAAAGAGAAGUCACAAAACUUACAUCCAUUGUCUGUCAUGCUUUUCUUUAAAAGGAUUUUUCCCAGACUUACCCUUUGAGAUCUUAAAUUGUUUAAGAAUCCCAGUCAGGUACAGAAUGUAUGUAUGAUUUAGUAACAAAUGAUUACCUUUUAGAAUGAAAUAUGUGAACAUCAGUCUUCUGCUAAACUGUUGUGAUCUAUGUUCCUCAGGCUCUUAACUAGAGCACUUCCUUGCACUGCUCUGCAUAUUUGUCAACACUUGCAGAAGAGACAGGGAAUAAGUCUUGGCAGACUAGUAAAGGAAUAUCUGAAUUCCAGUUUACAUUAUAUUACAAAACACUGCUUGUUUAAAUAUUUUUUAACCUGCGUAUGUUCUAUUAUGUAGAAUCUUAAAUAACUUAUUUAACCUGUUAGAUGUUUUGAAAUACUGACAGGUAAGUGUUAAACGUGCAUUCCCAUUAUCAUUAUGCCACUUAGAGAGUUGAUUUUUAUGUUCAGAUAAGGCCAUAUUAAGAAACAGUAUACAUUCCUAGGUUUUAAUGAUGGGACAGAGUAACAAAUCUUAUAAAUCAGGAUUACUUCCAACUCUUGAGAAGGGAUGAGAAGGCGAGUCACCAGGUGAUUGUGGGACCCAAAUGAGGAAGAACUUUGCAGGUAGAAGGUGCAUCUUAGUUAGUUGCUUUUUGUUACUGACUUAUGUUAAUGUAAAGGUGGGGGAAACAUGGUUAUGUCAUCACCUUAGAGCUUUGGGAAACCCCACCCCCCAUGUCCAUUGUAAAGGAUCCCAGGAGUAAAAAAGGAUUAGAAUGAAAUGUUGACAAUUUAAAUGACGAAUAUUCUCCCAUGAAAGAGUUUUGGAUAGGUAUUUUUCUUGAUUAUUCUGUGCAGUAAUACUUAAACAGAAGUUAAUCCUUUAAAAUUCUAAAGCCUCUAAUUAAGCUACUGAUAUGAAUUACCUGAAAACAUUUUUAAAUUAAGCUAAACUUUACAUCUUCCCAGUUUAACUCACCUUUAAAGUUUGCAAAUUAAUUUUUGAAUUGCAAACUGUAGCUUUACAUCUUUGUAAGAUGUAAUGAGUCCUUUAUCUAUGAAUUUUGCUACUAAGGUAAUGCUUAUCAGUAUCUUUUAAAAAAAAUGCAUGUAAGUGUGUUGUAUUUAUUAAUCAAGAGGAAAAUGCUUUGUUGUGCCAAAGAAGUUUCAAAUAUUGUUUACAUGAGUGGCUUCAAUCUUAAUAGGGUUAUCUAAUUAGAGCAUACUUUCAGAUAGCUUUUUGUUUACAGUCAGAUACUAUAUUCUAUACUCUUUGCUUUAUUUAUAUUUGCCAGAGAAAUGUGCCUCUUGUAAUUUUACCCUGGGCACUACUAGUUUUUCAAAGGGUGGGAUAAAGAAAAACAGGCAAUCUAAUCAUUCUUGUAAACAGAAGAAUGCAGGAAUGUUGCCUUGAUAAACAUGUGAAAUGACACAUUUUCAGAACUGACUAAUCCAUUCUAAUGAUCUCUGAAAUAAAAUGAAAACAGUAGUGCUCCUUUCCUGAGGUCUACCAGAAUGCCUAUUACUGCAUAAAGUAAUUUCCUGGUUCUUGCACUACGAACCUGCUCUCAUGGCAGUUUAGUAGCUUAAUUGAACAGUAUUCAUUAAAUAUUAAUUUCAAAACUAGAGAUGCAUUUUUAAUACAAAGAUAAUGAGGGAAGCAGGACUCCAUAAAGGUAACAUUACCGAUUUGUGUACAGUAACUUGAGCAACUUGUGCUGUUUUAAACAUUUCUCCCAAUACAUCACAGUUCUUUGGCUAUAAUCAUGAUUUUUAGUCAUGUCUGCAGAUAGCUCUGUUGGAGGAGCUGCUAUAAAAUUCAUCUGUCAUGUAAUUUAAGUUUUGUGUAAUCUUUCACACUAGUAUUAGUUAGUAAAUGUCAAUGUUUGUGCAUGAGGAAGCUGGUUGUAUAUGUGUCCGUUCUAAAUGCUGUCCAUUUUCCAGAAAUAGUUGAACAAAAAUAAAUGCCAAAAUUUGUGUAUUUUGUUGCCUUGCUAUAUUAUAACUGUUGCAUGUAAAUUAAACAUUUUGUACCAUUGCCACUACUAGCUCUUGUCUCUGUACUCUUCUAAUCAAGUGUAAAGUAAGAUCACUUACACACUAGUAUCAUGUGAGCAUAAAGCAAUUGAAUUGUGUUCUAAUAGUCCAGA